AUGACCUCUUUCUUUCCAAAUUUUCCCUCUUCUCAGCAGAAACCAAUGAAAGACCAUUACCUCGUCGCCACAGAUGCCAAUAUCUCGGUCUUCAUUCGCAGGUCUGAUGUCACUCAUUAUCAGGAUUUAGUCACUCUUCUUCUCUGCCAUUUCACAAGCACAAGCACCCAGUCUAUUGUUAUCCAAACAAACGAAUUGGAUAUCUGUGCCGGACGCUACGUCGAUAUUCCGCCUGAUUUAUGGCCGGAAAUCAACCCUCAAAUCCAAAACAUUAAAGUCAUCUCUCAUCCGUCUUUCUUAACUCACCAUCACCAUCGCUAG